AAAGAGAGAGAGAGCUGCAGGAAAGGGAACAUCACGCACGGGGUGUCGUUGUGAAAGCAGUUCUUCCUCUACGUCACUCCAGACACCUAUCAAAACUUAUUUUUACAAAUUAUUUUUUUAACGGGAUCUGCCGCACUUACCCGAGCCUAUACAACACAGCGUGAAACGGUGAAUUCCUACACGGGAGAUUUAAUGGGAGUCUCGCAUCGAUAAAGCGCCUUUCCCCCCCUUGACGGACACUCGCUCGAACCGAACCGGACUCGGGCGCUGUCCUCACCGGGGGGUAUCCGAACCCAGUUAUAUUUUGACUGCAAAAAGAACACACCGAAGUCCGAACAUGGCAGGAAAUCUGAAGAAAGGUGGGGGGCUUAUUGGCAUGAUGAAGGACGCUUUUCAGCCUCACCAUCAUCUUCACCACUCCCAUCACCAGCCCGGGGCCGUGGACAAAAAGACUGUGGAGAAAUGCUGGAAAUUCAUGGAUAAGGUGGUACGGUUAUGCCAGAACCCUAAGUUGGCGUUGAAGAACAGUCCUCCGUAUAUCCUGGACCUGUUGCCAGACACCUACCAGCAUCUCCGCACAAUCCUAUCCCGCUACGAAGGCAAGAUGGAAACACUGGGCGACAACGAGUACUUCCGCGUUUUUAUGGAGAACUUGACCAAGAAGACCAAACAGACCAUAAGCCUGUUCAAAGACGGCAAAGAGCGAAUGUUUGAGGAGAACUCUCAACCCAGACGGAACCUGACGAAAUUGUCGCUGAUAUUCAGUCACAUGCUCGCCGAGCUCAAAGCCAUCUUUCCCAACGGCCUGUUUCAAGGGGAUAACUUCAGAAUCACCAAAGCAGAUGCCGCAGAGUUUUGGAGAAGGUCAUUCGGGGACAAGACCAUCGUGCCUUGGAAGGUGUUCCGGCAGGCCCUGCAUGAGUUUCACCCCAUCAGCUCGGGCCUGGAGGCCAUGGCUCUCAAAUCCACCAUCGACCUCACCUGCAAUGACUACAUCUCCGUCUUUGAGUUCGACAUCUUCACCAGGCUUUUCCAGCCAUGGUCAUCACUGCUCAGAAACUGGAACAGUCUUGCAGUGACUCAUCCAGGCUACAUGGCCUUUCUCACCUAUGAUGAAGUCAAAGCUCGUCUGCAAAAAUUCAUCCACAAGCCUGGCAGCUAUAUCUUCAGGUUGAGCUGUACGCGACUCGGCCAGUGGGCUAUUGGUUACGUCACAGCCGAUGGGAAUAUCUUGCAGACCAUUCCACAUAACAAACCCCUCUUCCAGGCCCUCAUCGAUGGCUUUAGGGAAGGAUUCUACCUUUUCCCCGAUGGCCGCACACAGAACCCUGACCUCACAGGGCUGUGUGAGCCCUCACCUCAAGACCAUAUCAAAGUCACACAGGAGCAGUAUGAGCUCUACUGUGAGAUGGGCUCUACUUUCCAACUGUGUAAGAUCUGUGCUGAGAAUGACAAGGAUGUGAAAAUCGAGCCCUGCGGCCAUCUCAUGUGCACUUCCUGUCUCACAGCCUGGCAGGAGUCGGAAGGUCAGGGCUGCCCAUUCUGUCGCUGUGAAAUUAAGGGCACCGAGCCCAUCGUCGUUGACCCCUUCGAUCCCAAGGACCCUAAUAGUGGAGGCUCCUAUGGAGGCUGCAGGAGCAUAUUUGGGGCUGAGGGAGCCCCUUCGCCCAGCUACGAUGAUGAUGAUGAUGAUCGCUUGGAGGACUCUCCUUUCAUGAUUAGCAAGCUGGUUGGUUCUAAAGUGGAGAGACCACCCUCACCGAUGUCAGUUGCUCCCCAGCCUCCUAUCGUUCCCCCAGUACCUCCACGGCUGGAUCUGAUUCCCCUCAGACCCACCAACCCUCCUGGGGCCUCUAGUCCAGGCGCCACGUCCAAGGCCCCAUCCCAUCACAAAGACAAGCCGUUACCACUUCCCCCAUCCCUAAGGGACCUGCCGCCGCCACCUCCUCCAGACCGACCACACCCAGCCGGAGCAGACAACCGGCUCCCAAGACGCCCUCUUCCUAGUACACCCGGAGAACCUCCUCGGGACAAACUGCCUCCUGCCCCUCCUAACCGCAACAUGCCAGACUGGAACUCCCGGCCCGUACCCAAAGCCCCAUCACAACCACCAGCAAGUGGAGACUCCCGUGGGUCUCGAGAACUCUCAAACAGACACUCUCUGCCUCUCCAACUGCCCUCCACUCUCGAUGCCAGAGCAGGAGGCCCAAGAAACAAUGGUCCCCCCAGCCUCGACCACCAGCUAAGUUUCGGGUCAUCCAAUCCUGGGUCAGAUUACGACAGCCCGAAAGUAAAGCCAUCUGCCUCGGCCAAUGCCAUCUAUUCCUUGGCAAUCAGGACUCUCCCAGCAGUCGAAGCUCAGAACGAGGAGGACACCUGUGAAAACGAUGAGGAGUCAGAGUACAUGACUCCAUCCUCUCGGCCAGUGCUGCCCUCUGCUGCAGGGGAAGCUGUGCCUAGACCACCUCCUUCACUUUCCCUCAGUCCCAGGGGUAUGCUCAGUGAAAUGGAGUCAGAAAGCCCACAGAUGUACGAAGCUAUGUACAACAUCCAAGCCCAGGCCCUUACUGCCUCUGGACCGCAUCAGGCCAGUGACUCAGAUUACUCUGAAUUGCCUCCUUUGACCUGCUCUAAUGGCCCAAGGGAUCUUGUUGGUGCAUGUGGUGAGGAGGAGGAGGAGAACAGCUAUGACUAUCCCAAGCCCCAUAUACCCACCAACCUCGCCCGACGCACACUUUCAGAUGUUAACCCUACAUCUUCAGCCUUCAGCCGCCUUUCCAUAGACACCGAGCUCGGAGCAGCAGCAACAGUCAUGGACCCCACUGAAGCCCCCGAGCGGCCUCCUAAGCCUCUUCCCCGUCGCAUUAACUCAGAUCACAGGCCCAGCCCCAGCCCUGUUCCCCCUGGAGCGAGCCCAGAACCCAGCCAUCAGAUCAGCAGUGAGAUCGAGCACCUCUUGAGCCAGGGCUACUCCCAUCAGGACAUCCAAAAAGCCCUUAUGAUUGCACAGAACAAUAUUGAGAUGGCCAAGAACAUCCUGAGGGAGUUUGUGUCCAUCCCUUCAACUGCACAUAUCUUAACAUAGCGAAACUUCUCUGAGCAUCCAGUCACGGCCCAGCCACGCUCAUCUCGCAUUCGUCUCGGACUCCAGAAGAAAAGAGCACGAACCUGCGCUCUACCUCUAGCUCUAGUGACUGCGAGAGACACUUUCUCCGUAACACUUCUCGGAUUCUCUGUCCUCCUUCAUUCAUGCGGAAGAAUGAGGGAUUUGUUGCGGCCGCUUCUUCAACCUGAAGGCAGCGCAUGUCCACUAAGGACAAAAAAAAGAAAGACAAAAACAUGUAUGUGUUUAUAUUUGAUUUAAUAUAUAAAUCAGAAUAUUGAGUAUAGUUAAUAUAUACACAUGUAUGUUGGAGAGUUUCAGCUGCAGAGAUCAGGGCGUGUGAAGUAUUAGGCCUCGGAGCUCAGGUAGCUAAAGGGAGUGAAACAGGAGACUGCAGCCGAGCAUUUUCUGGCAUGAAAAAUGGCCUUUACUUGUGUUGCAUCGGUACAUUUUGUUUUCGUGUGUGAUUUUCAUUUUUCGGCUGUCUAGUAGCAGGCCGUACAUGUCCGCUCCCACAGCGCAGUCGCCCAUUUCAAAAAUACCGCUUAGCCGAAAGCAACCUGUUCUCCGCUUGACCUUGACCUCCAGGGUAUGGUGGGAAUUUUAUUUUUAAGCGCGUGGUGGCUGGCAUCAGAAAUGGGCCCUCUGUCAGCCUUGUUAUGUCUUUAAAGCAUUACUGUAACUGUACUGUACCAUGAAUUCACUUCACAAAUGUUUAAGGACAGCCAGUCCUUCAGAUUCCCAGUAGGAACAUGCUGAUGAAGGGUACAUGUAAUUUGUUUGUUCUAAUCUGAAUGUGUCAUUAAUAUGAUGGUUCCCGACUUUUGUGAAGUAGUGUGUUUACUAAAGAUAGUGUUCUCUAACUGAUAAAGGGCAAGAGGUUUGACAUGAAGUGAAACUGCUUAGUAAAAAAAAAAAAAAAAAAGUAUUUGCUUAAAAAGGUCCAAGGCCUGGCCAAGUUUCUGUAUUCGGUGGGGACUGAGAUCACUCUUGGGGAGGUUCGGACUCUUGUAUGAAGCUGUUCAUCAUCAUUUCAUUUGAUCACCUUAAUAUAUUGUUAUUGUUAAUGUUAUUAUUAUUUUUUGAUUUAUUGUUAUUAAUACAGAAGUGCUUUACUGCUGCUAUUAUUGUUAGUGCUAAACAAUUAAGCCUUAAAUGUACAUUUGUGAAUACUGUGUUUAACCCAUUUUAAAGUGACAGUAUCGGUUGUAUGUAAUUUGUUGAUGUAGCAUACUUGAAAUCAGAAGCAACUUGUGCAGGUGUGAGCCCAGCUGAUUUUUUUCUGUGUGUGUUUGUGUGCGCGCGCGCGUGCGUGCGUGGGAUGUCUUGUUUUCAUCCAGGUACAUAGCGUUUUGCUUAAAAUACAUACAAUUAUCAAUUGUAUUACAUAAUCAAAAUGGCGAUAUGUGUCACGGGGCUCAUCGCAGAGGGCCUCAUUUCUGUUUAACCUGACACCAAUUGUAUCGAUCUUUCAGCGGCAGCCAUGUUCAAGCCAUGAAUGCAGUGCCCAUAGUCCGCCUGCUGUGAGGGAGAAGGUUCUUCCCGAUCUCCCCUUUGUACUCAGGAAUACCAUACAUUUCAACAGAAUCGACAUUAUUUACACCGUACUUUAAACAAGUGCAAGACGGUCUCGUUUUCAGUGUGAACACGAUGCUAGGCUACUUUAAAGUCACAAUAACAUCAGCAUCAAAUGAAUUCAUUCUGUGUUGCUUAAAGGGACAGCUUAAAAAAAAUAAAUUGUCAUGAUUUACUCGCCUUCUUGUUGUUCCAAUCCUUAGGAUUUUUUUUUUCUCUCCAUACAGUGAAUGUCACUGGGGUCCAAAACGAAAUUGGUCAUCCAUUCGUCUUCCAUUGAAUGCAUAAAAUUUGUAAUUCACAAAAAAAAGUCAGUCUAAAAGCAUUGGAACAACAUGAGUGUUAAUGAACUAUGUUUUCAUUUUUGGCUGACCUAUGGCUUUAAUAUUUCCAGUUAUUAUUAUUGCACCAGCACCUUUCAAUGCACUAGUAAUACAUUAAAGUGAGUUUGAGCCUCUUAUGUGGGACUCAAGGACUCAUGAUUGAUUUGACUGACAUCGAAAGUGGCCCAAUUUUAGUCCCUACUAUCCCCUAGUGAGAAUGCUGCACUGGGCCUGCAGGUACUUCCACGUCUCAGUCUUGUAGGUACACAUGCAAACCUGAGAGCUUACGAUCAGGCAAGCUGUUAAUUUUAAGUUGUAGGCUGUUAAAACUCUUGGUUUGUAGAUUCUGUUGCCUUGAAGCAAAUGAUGGUUUAGUACUGAUUUGUUUUUUUUCUGCACCAUAUGAAGUCUAGAGAUGAGAAGGUGAUAAAUUUGUUUUUAUCAUUUCAUUUUACUGUACUACUAUUUCUUGAUGAUGAUGUGUGAUGGAUGUGUGUACAAUAUUUGGCACAGAGUGUACCAAUUUGUGCUAUGAUACUGUCACUUUAAAAUCAGGCGUGUAAAGUUACUUAUACAUAGAAUACGUGGAAAUGGCUAUGUUUUAUUUCGUUUUUGCAUUCCUGUACAUGUCAGAAUUUUAUUUUUGUUUACCGAUGUGAAUAUUACUGUGAGCAGUGCCAUAUGUUUAGAUGUGACCGUCAUUUUGUUCUGCUAUCCAGAAAAAAGGCCUUGUUUAGUGUAAAGAGUGAAUGAUUUCCCUCAUGAAUUUUUGGGAAACGUUUUCAUUGUCCUUCAAUGAUUCUUUGGCUUGGUCAGUGACGUCAUAGUAUAUAUCUUUCUGUUUACUGGAAUGUCUCGAAUCAAUCCACAAGACGGAGCUCGCUCGCUCCUUAUUUUGCCAUAACUUGCCUGAGUAAUGUCAGGGUUUCUUUCUUUUGUGCUAAUUCUCAUAUCACUUUGGAAGUAUGCACAGCGCUAUACUGUUAAUUAAAACAAUAGGACAAACAUCAUG